AUGACCUCCAAGGUCAGAAUGCUGCAGAGGAAGGAAGGAGACCCUCAUUGCCAAGAGGUGGUUCGGUUUGCAGUGCUUUGCAGAGUGCUCACUCUUUUCCUCCAGGCAAGUCCCCCAACACCAAGCACUGAAAUAUACAAUAUCACUGAAAUAUAACCCGCCUGGCAUUCUCAGAUCAGGACAGAUGACAUCAGAAAUAAAUACUGGGUUCUUUUUCAUAUGUUUAAAGUUCAAAAGGUAGUAUAUCUGUUCUAGAUAGAGAGGGGUCAUACCUAGCUCAGUGUUGGAGCACAUGCCUUUCUUCCAGAAAUUUGCAGGUUAAAACCCUAAACAUUUCCAGUUAGAAUGAUCAGUGUAGAGAGUUUGGGACAAGUGGGAUCCACCAAGGAUCUGUAUUACAGGGCUGCUGUGUUUAACUUGCUCAUAAAUGAUACAGGGUUUGGGGUGAGCUGUGUGUUGACCCAAGUAUGCCAAUGAUACUAAAGUAUUAAAAAAGGGAUUGUGAAAAUGAUCAAGGAGCUGUAGCAAAUCCCAUGAAGAGGAAGGAUUUCAGCAUUGGAGCUUUUUAGCUUAGAAAAAGGGUGAAUAAGGAGGGGAGAGGACAUGAUAGAAAUGUAUAAAAAUUAUGCAUGGCAUGGAGAAAAUGAACAGAGAGACAUUUUUAAAGUACUUUUUCAUCAGCACGUAGUUUGUUAUUCUAAGGCAUUUGCUGCCAUGCAAUGUAGUGAUGGCCACCAACUUAGAUGGGUAGUCCAGCUGGUCUGGCAGAGCCCUGGGACAAUCUCUAGCCAUUGCAGCUGAAGCUUCCUCUGUCUGCUAGCGUCCUUCAAUGGUGCAGAAAAUAUAGUGACUGGGCCCCUGUUGCUACAGUUCCCCAUCUGAGAUAGUUACGUAAAUUAUUUUAGAACUCCCCCAAAAGGUGUACUUUUUGGAGUGUGUAUGAGUACGAAUGGCAUUCCCUCAGCGAAUCCAACAGAAAUGCAGCAGGAAGCUUCUUCUGCAGAUUAGUUAUUUGGAUGCACAGAAUUCACGUGUUGUGGCAUAAUAGUGUGCUCUCCAUCACGUACUCAAUAGUUUGGGAACCAAAUGUAAGUCCACAGACAUGAUGUGGACUACACACUUUAAAAAAUGAAAACAAAAUAUUCUCAAUAAUCCACAUUUUGUUCUGGAAAGCCAAUCCUAUGCAGAAUUUCUGAAGAUUAGUAGCUGUGCCUUUGUAAUCUCUGAGCAGGCAAGAUUCCCCCCCCCCCCCAGCUAUUCUUGUGCUCAGAGGAACAUGAAGCCAGCUGCAGGAGCUUUGUCUACAUAAUAGGUAUUUGACAUUUAAAUUAGGCAUAUUUUUACUGCAAUAGCAAGGGAGGCCCUGAAAAGAGAGCAUCCUGUGCAUUUUGCCAAAGAUACCACUUUUCCUCACAAAAUCUCAACCAACUUGUGAACCAGAAGCACUGCUUUCAGGCUGAUAGGAACGUUGCUCCCAAUUUCUCUGUGGUGAUGGCAACCAGAAAUUCAGCUAACCUAUGUCAUUGGCAGUGUAAGAUGAGUCUUCACUAGGAUUAAGGCAUUAGGGUUUUGGGGUGGCUAGAACCAAAAUUAAAUGCAGCCUGUAGGGUUAAGGCAGCCUUCCUCAACCUGGUGUCCUUCAGAUGUUUUGGUUUACAACCCAUUGUACCUGACCAUUGGCUAUGCUGGUUGGGGCUGACAGGAAUUGGGAGUCAGCAGCAGCUGAGGGCACCAAGCUUGGGGAAGCCGGCUUGAGUCAAGACUAAAGCAAACAGCACAUACAAGUUCUGAGACUUCAUACUUGUGUAGGAUGAGAAAACCAGGGUAAACUGGAGCCAGAGUAAGCCAUUACUAAGAAUUCAGUUAUGUGAGCGUGAAUUGAGGAGAGAUGGAAGAGAAACAAUGCAUUUCUGUGGCAGCUCCCCAACUGGAAUUUCUACCCAAAAGAAGUCAGAUUGAUACUGUCCCUGGUGGCUUUUGUGCAGGCAGUGAAACGCUUCACUUUUUCCCUGGUUCUUAAUCAUGGUGUUAACUUCUCUAUUCUCCUUGGUUUACAACCUUUGGCUUUAAUUUUGUUAAAAAUUAGGUUGCAGGAGGCUAGCUUGGGAGAUGGAAAUCCAUGGCUUGUACUUAACAUGACUCAGAGGCUGAGGAAGUUCCCUGCUGGAUCAGAACAAAGCCCAUUAAAUCCAGCGUCCUGCUUCACGUAGUGGCCAACUAGAAGUUGCUGGAGAGCCACUGCCAGUCAGAGUAGACUGUGCAGUGCUAGAUGGACACAUAGGCUAAACUGUUAUAAGGCCACCUCCCAUGUCCCUGUGUUGUACAUGGGGCAUAUUAACACAGUAUGCUGGCCAAAAAGUGUUGCAUAUUCCAGCCUUAGAAGAACUUUGGGUAGAAUGCAGUUUCAUCUUGACAGCUACAAUGGGAUCCUACUAAAGUUCCUUGUAGGACCAUGGGUAAGUUCUUACACUGGGAACUGUGCCAAAUACACACACAGUUGAUGCCAGACAGACUGCUAGCAGGAGAAUUCCUUUUUGGUCCCUUAUAGCUUGGGCUGGGUAUUGUCGUCUGGCCAGCCAAAUAGCCACAGGGUUGUUGUUUUUUAUGGAAAGGCAUGACUGCCUUUAUUGAGUUUGAUUUCAUUAGAUGUGUGGCUCUCUCUGUUCCUUGUGUGCCAACACAUAAUUGGAUUGAUUGCACAAAGGAAACCCCCGAGUUUGACAUUUCUGUAUGCUUCGUCUGGCUCGGCAAGUUGGAAUGACUUUUCAUUUGGCAGAUGAUCUCGGUGCACAUUUAGAAAUUGCGGUCUUUGGCAUGUUGCUCUUUUCUCCCACAGUUUAACGAGGUACAAAGCAUGCUCACUGAUCAGUUGUUUCCCCCAAAAAGCACCUUCAUCUUGGCAUACAGGACUGCUGGCUUAGCAUAGUGGCUAAGUUGCUGGUUCAGAUGCCACCUCUGUCAUGAACUCAUGAAACAGUUGUAGUUUCAUGCCCACAUCUGCAAUAUGGUGAUAGUAAUACUGGCACCCUUUACUUGGUUGUUGUAAGGAUUGUAAGAUACCGAGAAGAGAGCCUUCUUGAUAGUGGUGCCCUCCCUGCAGAACACCCUCCCUUUAGAUGUCAAGGAAAUAAACAACUAUCUGACUUUUAGAAGACAUCUGAAGGCAGCCCUGUUUAGGGAAGUAUUUUAAGGAUUGAUGUUUUUAUUAUGUUUUUAGAUACAUUGUAAGCCACCCAGAGUGGCUGGGAAAACCCAGCCAGAUGGGCGGGGUAUUGGUAUUAUUAUUAUUAUUUUACUUAACCCACUUCCUUAGUCUUAUCCAUUACAGUGGUGCCCCGCAAGACGAAUGCCUCGCAAGACGAAAAACUCGCUAGACGAAAGGGUUUUGCGUUUUUUGAGUCGUUCUGCAAGACGAAUUUCCCUAUGGGCUUGCUUCGCAAGACGAAACGUCUUGCGAGUUUGUUUCCUUUUUCUUAAAGCCGCUAAGCUGUUAAUAGCUGUUAAUAGCCGCUAAGCCGCUAAUAGCCGUGCUUCGCAAGACGAAAAAACCGCAAGACGACGAGACUCGCGGAACGGAUUAAUUUCGUCUUGCGAGGCACCACUGUAUAUGCAGUUUACAGUCUGUUGGAGAAAGUCUAGAAGACAUUAAGGGUUGUGUCCAAUGCUAGUCCUAUUUGAAGUGGGCUCUUUGGGUGGUCUUCAGGUAAGUUUUAUUCAGAGUAGAUACACUGAAAUGAAUGAUGUGACUAAGUUAAUUCCAUUAAUUUCAGUAGGUCUACUGUUGAGUGAAAAGUGGAAGUUAAUGGACAUGAUUAACUUAAAGGUAAAGGUAAAGGGACCCCUGACCAUUAGGUCCAGUCGUGGCCGACUCUGGGGUUGCGACGCUCAUCUCGCUUUAUUGGCCGAGGGAGCCGGCGUACAGCUUCCGGGUCAUGUGGCCAACAUGACUAAGCCACUUCUGGUGAACCAGAGCAGUGCACGGAAAUGCCAUUUACCUUCCCGCUGGAGCGGUACCUAUUUAUCUACUUGCACUUUGACGUGCUUUUGAACUGCUAGGUUGGCAGGAGCAGGGACCAAGCAACGGGAGCUCACCCCGUCGCGGGGAUUCGAACCGCCAACCUUCUGAUCAGCAAGUCCUAGGCUCAGUGAUUUAACCCACAGUGCCGUGAUUAACUUAGGUUCAUUAAUUUCAGUGGGUCUACUCUGAGUAGCACUUAGUUGGACACUACCCUAAGGAAAUAACAUUGGUGGCUAAAGAAAAAAGUUCUCCAACUGCUGCAUUUGCCCAAGUUGUCCGUUCUCCCGUUUCCCCGCUAGAAAUGCCUCUAAAACAGCUCCUGCAUGAGAAAUCGCCCCAGACCCAGAGGUAAUGCCUUCAAGUCCUUGUUUGGGGCAGGGGAUGACUUGCUGUGAGGCUUUGAAUUCCCUGGUCAGGUUCAGGUCCCAAAUCGGAGGGAACAUGUUGCUUUGGGGAGGGAGGGGGACAGGAUGUUGACUUGGCUGUCAUUUUCUAUCCUUUCUUCCCACUCUUCCCAGGCCCUUUUCAACCUCCUGAUCCCCGACCAUGCUGCUGAUGCCUUCUCUCCACCCCGUUUGUCUGAGUACGGGUUUUGCGACUGGAUCUUGGAGUGGCUCCUGGGAGGCCUGUCACGGUGGGAUGCGGAGCACUUCUUGUUUAUAGCUGAGCACGGCUACGUGUAUGAGCACAAUUGUGCCUUCUUCCCCUUGUUUCCCUUGAGCCUGCGAGCGGCAGCAGAAACGGUGCUGUGGCCCUUCCAAGGCUUCUUAUCUCUCCGCAGCCGCCUGCUCCUUUCUGCAGCUCUGCUCAAUGGUCUGUUCUCUGCCUGGGCAGCAUGGACUCUGUAUAAGCUCAGCUGCGCAGUCCUGCAGUGCCACAGGAAGGCGUUCCUGUCAGCCAUCCUCUUCUGCCUCACCCCUGCAAACGUCUUUAUGGCAGCUGCUUAUUCAGAAAGCAUGUUUGUCCUCCUAGUGUUUAGUGCCAUGUGGUGGCUAGAGAAAGGGCAGCAUUGGGCCAGCAGCCUCCUCUUUAUGCUAGCUGCUGGCGUGCGUUCCAACGGACUGAUCAAUGCUGGGUUCCUCCUCUAUUCCCAGACAAAACUCUUUGCCUCCCAGAUGCAGGUGAGGACAGGAACUGGAGUAAAGCCGCCACAGAUCUUGGGUCAAUUCCUAAACCUGGUAGCUUCCCUGGUGGUGAUGUCUGCCUCUGUUUUCCUGCCAUUUGCUUUGUUUCAGUUCUGGGCAUACCUUCGGUUCUGCAACACCACGUUUAGCCCUGAGUAUGCUGUGCCGGGCCCACUGUUGCAACUGGCUGCACAUAAGGGGUAUCGUGCAGCAGCCUCAAAUGGUGUGGCACCACCUUGGUGCUCCUGGAACUUUCCUGUGCUCUACACUUACAUUCAAGAUACUUACUGGAAUGUCGGCUUCCUCAGGUACUUUGAGCCCAGACAGAUCCCCAACUUCUUGCUAGCUGCACCCGCCAUUGUGCUGGGCUCCUGGGCAGCCUGGCGGUAUAUCGCUGCAAACCCCUGGCACUGCCUAACACUUGGCCUGCUGAGAAGAAAGACUGAAGGAAUGACGGGAAAGGACUUGAGCAAGCCAGCUACUGGUUUUUACUCUCCUGGUGCAUUUGUUUACAUGGUCCACGCAACAGUUCUGUUGGUGUUUGGGACCUUCUGCAUGCAUGUGCAGGUGAGUUUUGCAGAUUCUUGAAGGGCUGUCAGAUAGCGGGGUGGUGGCAACCUGAGCAAAAGUGUAUCAUGGUGUUAUCAGUCCAGCCUGGCAUAAAACCUUGAACUCUGCUUUGAAGGGAUACACACUAUGCAGGAGCAAAUGCUCAGCAGGAAGUGGUAGCCAAUCUCUGACCCAAGACAUUCAGACUUGAAUUUUUUUAAAGGUGUGCAUCUUACUCAUUUUGUGUGUAUUCUGAGAAUUAAUCUGCGACAUAGUCUCAAGACUUUGGCCUUUCCUAGCUCUGUUAAUCUAAAAUUCCUUAAACUAGAGAUGAACCCUAAGUCUCUUUAUGUGCUAAGCAAGUAUGCUAGUAUAGACUUGGCAUAUAUUAGGGUGAGAGACCUUGGGUCAUGGUAGAGCAUGUGCGCUGCAUGGAGGAGGUCCAGGUUUCAGUCCUUGACAUAUCCAGAUUAAAGAGUGGCAGGUGAUGAAAAUGACCUGAAACCCUGAAGAGCCACAGCUGCCAGACUACUGGGCUAAAUGGAUGAUAAUCUGACCUGAUAUAAAACAACUUGCUAUGUUCCUGUGCACUUUGCCACUGAGCAGUUAAUCUAGCUUUGGGUUAAGUACCAAGCAGAAGUGAAACAAAGGAACUAGAAGCAGUUAGCUUGGAAAAACAGUGAUUCUUAAGUUCAAAUAUGGGGGGAAAGGGAUACUGUGAAAGAAGAAAGAUGGUACUCGCCUCCCAGGGAAAUCAACAAUAUUUGAAUAGCAGCAGCUGAAAUUUGAACUGUGCAGAAGAGAAGACUUCAUACUUCUAGGCAGCAGACUUCA